GGAAGUUGAGAAUGAGGUGGGGGGGGGAGAGAGACUGGAGUGGACUAUCCUGGAAAGAGCAUGGCUGCAUGGAAGCUGAAUGAGGGCACUCUGCCCUGCUACCUCAUUUGAACCUGGUAUUAAAGUGUAUACCUUCCAGUUAUCCAUACUUGACUGGUAAUAUAGUCUACUAAGGCUUUAAAGUGUUGGGAAAUACAUUUGUAUAAUAUGUUUGAUACAUCUUUUUUCAAAUGGUUUGUUUUCUUAAAUAACUCAUUUCUAUAACUCAUCUCUAUAACCUACCAUGUGGGAGGACAAGAUGUCCCUAAUCUCACCUGGCAACUGUUUCAGUGUGUAAAACAUGGAGUAAAAGGGCUUAUGUUAUGUAUGUUGGUACAUAUUCCAUUUUGUAUAUCUUUAAGGGCCUUUUAGGCUGCUUGUGAUGUGCAACGUGUGGAUUUUAGUACGAGGUCCUUUCUGUUUGCUGGCCUUACAGAAUCAGGAAGUACAAAAAAAAAAUCCAAAAGUUACUUGUGAAAAUGGCUUGAGGGUUGCAUCUCCUCGUGCUGUGUUUUAUGUAACACGCUUCUUCAGAUCACUUAAAGGUUCUGCAGGUGUCUUUCCCUGUGCCACAAUAUGUUUUCUUGACUAACUGGAUUCCGUGCACAUCUGGACAGUAAAACAGAGAUCACGAUCAGGAACCAGGGAACUAUGCAUCUAGUUCUGUGAGAUCUACACUGGAGAGAUAAUCCUGAAGAUGAGUUCAGGCAACUACCAGUGUUCAGGACUGUGAAGAACAUAAACGUAAACUUUGCUGCUACCUAUAUUGUUAUGUUUGCACAUGUGUGCGUUUCUCCUAAGAAGCCCAGUCAACAAGCCACGUGUAUAACUGGCAUUGAGCCAAAACAUUUAGUCUCAAAAAGCCCGCAAGCAAUAAAAGCUACAUUUAAAGAAAUGCCAUUGGGAGUUGCUUCUGAGGUAAAUGUAAAGGCAAAUGGGGGUAAGCUGAAAGCAGCCAAACAUGAUGUGACAGAGCACCGAGGAAAACAAAGGAAACAUGAAGCCAUAGUUCUUCUGCGGCUCAUAAAUUAAACGUGGGCCUCUAAUGCAGAACGGGAGAAAGGAGAUGAAUAAGAAGUGUUCAGGAAUACUUGUAUAUUUGGUGAGGGACGUGCACUACUAUUUUUUCUAUUUUUAGCAGCAUUAAUGCACAGAGGUGUCCUUUAUAUCACAGGAAAGUGCAGUACACUUCCCUGCUCCUAGAUUUACUGUUGCCAAAUGGCAGAAAGCUCUGCAUGUUGAAAUGCAGUUGGAACAGAAGCCAAGGACUGGAGUUGGAGUCUGGGUCAGGAGGUCCACAUUUUAAUCAAAGAUGCCUUUUGUGUAACUGUUUUUGUCCAUGAGAAGGCACCUGCAAGCUUCCCGGAAUGGUAAAUUUAGUUUAUAAGGCAUGGAAUUUCUUGGUAGAUGUGGAGUCCAGCAGAAGUUAGCACAACUGCAGCCCCCUUUGGGCAUUAUUCAUUUGAUGAUGGUCCCAUAGGUAAGCGGGGGGGGGGGGUGUCCUAUGCCAUUGCCCCUGACAGUGUAUGGUUCCCAGCCCCCAUAACCUACUUUGUGCACGGAUGUCUUCUUAGGGGAAGAUUACACACAUAGAACUUCCUUCAGUCUUUCAUGCAUAGAUGUUGGGAGUGUGGGGCCAGGGAGCCACAUAAUAUCAGGGGUCAGGCCGAUGGGGUGGCAAAGUCACUUCCCCUUCUUUCUGUGAAGCCCUCUACAUGCAAAUGGCUGUGAGUAAGUGCUCUGGUCUUCCCCCCCCUUUUCUAUCCAUCAUGAUUAGUUCCUGGCCUUCCUUCCUAACUUUCAGUGUACACUAUUAAUUUUUAACUCAGUUUUGUGAGUGCUAAUCCAACACUAGAACCUUAUUUCAUGUUAAGAUUAUUUGUCAGUUAAAGUAGCACCUGGUAUCUCUUGUGCGAAGUAUUAUCUGGUUUUGUUGGUCUCUUUAAAGGCAUGUGGGGGGGAGCAGGAUAUCCUUUUUCAGUUAUUCCUUGGCUUUAUGGCAGUACAGGCUCCAGUCUCAGGAUGGAAGUGAAAAGCGUGUUCUGAACUUCUCCAAGCGCACUUUGGCUCACAUAACUGAAGAGGCUCUUAGCUGCUCUUUUGCCGGGUGUCAAAUAAAUAAAUUUGACACUGGGAAAUCUUAAAGCUGAGCAAAGAGGAGCUACAAAAAAGGAAAGGCAAUCCAUGAUUCCGCCAGCCUUCUCUCGUGAGAUUAAAUAAAUGAAAAGUGGAAAACAAGAAAUGUACUUAUUACAAUUGUACCCUGGUCCCCUCCCCCCCCCCUCUGGGGAGUUCAGAAUGGCUUACAUAUGGUUCUCUGUGGACUCUUCCCCACUUAGCUCCAGUAGCUGAACCGAACCACAUCCAUUCAGACUAUCCUCUUUUCAGGAAAUAAUUGCCAACAUUUGCAAGCAAUUAAAACUUUCCUGCAGGACUGCAUAUGAAAUAUAAAACGUAUGCUCUAUGUAGAGAUGUAGGGUUUUUUUAAAAGCAAUAAUUCUAGUAGAGAAUCCAUAGAAAGAUACAAAUCAACAGAAUAAGAGUUUUGGCAUUAGGUUUUAUAGGUUUACUGUGCAUGACAACUGUGUUCACUGUCCUCCCCCCCCCCCUUCACAGCACAAAAAUAGUAUUUGGUAUGCAAGGAUAAAAUCAGCUUUAGGCAGUUUGUUCACCAGUGAAAUAAGUACCUCUUUCCUUUACAUUAAAUCAUUCUGAAUGCAUACAAUUGCUGUUAUUUUCAUUCUAUUGUGUCUGCUUCCUGUUGGUCAAAGGUUAUUAGAAUAGGGUGGUGUAUAACGAGAUGGAAAGCUGACAGGAAGACUUAACGCUGUGCUUAUUUUGAGGUAGACACAACUACUGAAAUGGUCGGGAUUUUGUGGCUGUGCUGAAAACAAAAUGAGGUACUUUUAUUAUCCAGUCUCAAGGUCUUUUUGUACAUAUGCACAGUCCUGUUUUUAAACUUGUUUCAAUGGCAAAUAAAAGCAACUCUGAAGGCAUGGAAGAGGAGAUGGUUUGUUCUCCGCAGUGGUCGACUGACAGGGGAUCCAGAUGUGUUGGAAUACUACAAAAACGACCAUGCCAAGAAACCAAUUCGUAUCAUUGACUUGAACUUGUGUCAACAAGUGGAUGCUGGAUUGACAUUUAACAAAAAAGAAUUUGAAAACAGCUAUAUUUUUGACAUCAACACAAUAGACAGAGUCUUCUACUUGGUUGCCGACAGUGAAGAGGAGAUGAAUAAGUGGGUUCAAUGUAUUUGUGAAAUCUGUGGGUUCAACGCUACUGAAGAAGAUGCUGUGAAGCUACCUGGCAGUUCUCUACAGGCGCCUGCCGAAUUGCCCUCGGCUGUCAACACUUCCCUGCCAUCUGUGCAAGCAGAACCAUCCCUACCUCCUCCGUACCAGCUAAUUAACAUCCCACCAUCAGAGUCUGCCUCAAGUCAAGAAGAUCCACAAGACUACCUGUUACUAAUUAACUGUCAGAGCAAGAAGCCUGAACCCACAAGGUCACAGUCUGACUCAACAAAAACUGCCUCUUCAGAAACAGACUGCAAUGAUAAUGUGCCUUCCCAUAAAACAUCUGUACAGUCGCUGAACAAGCAUGCAGUGAAUGGGUUUUUUCAACAGCAAAGUGUCUAUGACUCUCCCCCGCCGAGAGCUGCCUCCGUAUCUGUGGAUGGCAGCCUUUAUAAUUUGCCAAGGAGUUAUUCGCAUGAUGUUUUACCGAAGCCAUCUCCUUCUGGGACUGAUGCAGAUGGAGAGCAACAUGUUUUCAGUGUUCCACCUGCAGCAUCUUCUCUUGAUGCACAACUGAAGGCUUUCUCUAUUAGUUAUGACAUUCCCCCAACACCUGGAAGCACGUACCAGAUUCCACGAACUUUCCCAGAAGGAACAUUGGCUCAGAGUUCGAAGCUAGAGACUAUUCCAGAUGUCCCUCCACCUCGGCCGCCGAAACCUCACCUUCCUUCAGACCGCUCACCUGUGGAGGUGUGCAGUAUCUCCCGCACUUCCUCAGACACUGAUAGCAGCUACUGCAUCCCUACUGGCGGAAUGCCCCCAUCGCGCAGCAACACAAUUUCCACCAUGGAUUUGAAUAUAUUUCGUAAAGAUAUGGGUUCUCAAGAUUGCUAUUUCAUUCCACGGACAUUUCCAAAUGACAGAUCAAGCUCAUUGGAAGGUUUUCAUAACCACUUUAAAAACAAAAGCCUAUUGACUGUGGGAAGCGUUUCAAGUGAAGAAUUGGAUGAAAAUUAUGUCCCCAUGAACCCAAACUCUCCCCCGCGGCAGCAUUCUAGCAGUUUUACUGAACCUUUCCAGGAAAUGACGAACUAUGUGCCGAUGACUCCUGGCACUUUUGACUUUUCCCUGUUUGGAAUGCAAGUCCCUCCGCCAGCACACAUGGGGUUUAGGUCGAGUCCCAAGACCCCUCCCAGGCGGCCUGUCCCUGUUGCUGAAUGUGAACCACCACCAGUGGAUAGGAACCUCAAGCCAGACAGGAAAGGUCAGAGCCCUAAAAUUUUAAGACCUAAGCCACAUGGUUUAGAGCGAACAGAUUCCCAAACCAUAGGUGAAUUUACUACAAGAAGAAAGGUAAAACCAGCACCACUAGAAAUAAAACCUCUCCCUGAAUGGGAAGAAUUGCCAGCUCCAGUUAGAUCUCCGAUCACCAGAAGUUUUACACGAGAUUCCUCCAGGUUUCCUUUGUCUCCCCGACCAGAUUCAGUCCAUAGCACAACUUCCAGCAGUGAUUCACAUGACAGUGAAGAGAAUUAUGUACCCAUGAAUCCAAAUCAGUCCAGUGAUGAUCCAGCUCUGUUUGGGAGCAGCAGUCUCGAUGGGGGAAGCAGUCCCAUGGUAAAACCUAAAGAUAAGCAAGUGGAAUAUUUAGAUCUGGAUUUAGAUUCUGGAAAAUCUACCCCACCUCGCAAGAAAAAGAGCAGCGGUUCAGGCAGCAGUGUGGCGGAUGAAAGAGUGGAUUAUGUUGUAGUUGACCAGCAGAAAACACUAGCGCUGAAGAGUACGCGGGAAGCUUGGACAGACGGGAGGCAAUCCACAGAAUCUGAAACGCCAGUUAAAAGUGUAAAAUGAAAAAAAAAACCCUCUUGUCAUCCUCCUCAAAUUUAUAAAAAGGGCUGCAGUUAUGCCAUUAACUGAUGGAAGAGUACUGGACAAUUCUUGAAUGAUUCCCCCACCCCCCCACCCCAGUUAUAUGAAAAUCAAUGAGAAAAUACCAUGAGAUAAAACAGUAACCUGUGGCAUCUGGGUAAAUCAUACAAUGUAAAAUAAUGUGUAAAAUAGUAUUGCUUAGGUCCCAGAGAAGUUUUGACCUGAAGUUAACACAUUUGUAGUAUUACAAUGUCUUAUGCACUUUGCCCCCCGUUAAAAUGUUGGUUCAGCUUUCCCCGGCUAAUGUACUUCUAACACCUAUUUCUUCCAACGCUACUAUAUUUUAUAGCAUUCUAGAAAGUAAGCUACUUAUGAUAUAGAAAUCAAGGUCUGAAGUGCAUUUUAACAGCUCAAAAAUGAAUUACAGUGGUACCUCAGUUUAAGGACGCAAUUGGUUCCAGGAAGCCAUUCGCUCCUCGAACUGUACUUAAACGGAGUGCCUCUUCUGCGCGUGUGCGAAGCGCCGAUAGAGCGCUUCUGCGUAUGCGCGUGCCGUGCAGAUCGCUUCUGUGCAUGCGUGCGCUGCGGAACCCGGAAGUAAACACUUCUGGGUCCGCGGAGUACUUUAACUGAAAGUACUCAAACCACAGCGGACUUAAACCGAGGUAUGACUGUAAUAAGAAAUAGUUCCACAAUUUUAAUCUACUUGAAAUGUCAAGAGAUGAUUUGUUAAAUACCUAUGUUUUAUAUUUAAUACAUGCGAAGUAUAUUUGGAAGUCUACAGGUUACCUUCCUAACAGACAUGGCUGUGACUUAAUAGUCAUUAUUGGUUUUAGGAUAUACCCUUCUGUCUUAUGCAAUAUCACACCAAUACUGGAGCUCCUAUUGUAGUUUAAUUUGUGACAGUGUUCAUUGUUCAGUGAGCAAGGAUUCUGCAGGGAGGGAUCUUUCGAACUGAAGAAUUAAACUUCACAUAGUCCUGCAAAUCACUGAUGGGGUGCAGUAACGAGUAACUUUACACUUCAUUUGCAAACCAUUACUUUACAUUAUUUUCAGAAGGUAGGAUCUCUUGAGAUCAGGUACGUACAUAGCACUGUGGUGCUAACACACUUAUCAGGUUUAAACAACAAGUUUUAAGUUUUCUACUUCUACCAAGCCUUAAUAUUGGUUGUCAGUAUGAAAAUUAAAGAGACAGUUUGACAUUCACUGUUUGUAGUACUAGAAAAUACUGUGAUUUUUAUUUUUUAAAGUAGAAUUCAGAUGGAAAUACUAUGAGCGUUAUUCACCGUAUUCACUGUAGACCUGUUGAAAUCAAUGGACUUAAUGUCCAGUGAGCUCAGUGGUUCAACUCUGACUUGGUAGGAUGUCAUCCUAGGUCUUGACACCAUAGUGCUCUUUUAAUGAUCCUUAUUAUGCCUAGUUUCCUGCUUGGCCUUAUAUUUAAAUUCCUAUGCAAUUGAUAUCUCUUAACAUUUUGUGUUGUUGUUUUUAAAAAAGGUGGUAUGUUGAAGUGAUCUCAUUCCCUCUCUCCUUUUUUUAUAAAGUUCUUUCCCCAGGUACAGAGUCCAUAUUGAGUACUUUGUUCUAUUAAUUUUCUACCCCUCCUUCAAAUAGCAGCCUCCCCUAAAUUAGAAACCAAAUUUAGUUGCAAGGAAGAAAAUGUACACCUUAAUCAAUCCAUUAAUCUUGUUAUAAUGGCAAAUUACUAAUUCAUUCUCACACGGAUGCAUUAAAAUAAAUUCUUCUCCAUACCUCUUGAGUUACAAAUGAACAUAGAAAUGCAUUAGUAUCGUUUUAAUGAAUGCUGGCCUUAAUACUGUGCCUAAUUUCCUGUUGUCAUCCCCUCAAUAGUAUGUAAAUUGCCUUUAUUCCUAACAUGGUUUCUUUUUAAAUUAGAAAUAUUUUGAUGUUUUCAAUAUUUUUUUUGUAAAAUAAAAACUAAACACGUUUCAUUCUGAGAUGAAUUUUAAAUAAAUUCAAGUUGUUCUGGUUAA